AAGAUGAGGUCUCAGGUCUCAUGACCAGAUCGAAGGUUGGCUUGAACAACAGAGUUAUAACUUUUUUUAGUUAGUUGUUGUUUAGACUUACGAACGGAGCCAUGGAGGACAACAAUAAGAAUGGAGAGGAGAGUGAUGAAUCUAUCAAGCUCAAGAGGGAGAGGGUGCCGAUAGCAUCCACCUAUAAAGCAGAGAGUGGCGCAAUGCGAUCGUCACCAAACAGAACGCUCCUGAUCACAAAGACCCGGAGUGCCAGAGAUGUCAUGGAACAGAACGAACAAACCAUGUUGGCACAAUACCCUACAGAAAUCAUAACCGAGACGCAUACCAUUGACUCCACGAUCUCUUCCAUCACUCAAAAUUUACCCAAAGAGUCCAUGUAUCCUUCGGUCGCACAAGACGGGAUCAUAGAUACCGGUACCGGUAGAGACACAUCCCAUAUGUAUCCUUCUUCGCAGGAAGUGGACGAGGCAGAGGCAGACCAGCAGACUCUGAUUGCCAGCACACAUCCUGCGAUGGAAAGAGACAACAACAGAGAGCAACAAGGAAGUAGUGGUACCGGUACCGGUAUCAAUUGGAAAUCAACGUCGCAAGAAGAUGAACCCGCAAAUUUUCAUGUAGCGGAUUCGAAUAAUGUUGCACACUUGAGCAGCAACCACAGAAUAAUCCAAAGUGACACACUCCAGUCACAAGAAGAUCGUAUCCUCCUCAAGACAAACGACAUUGGUAAUGGCAUCAGUACCGCCAUGGUGGCAACAAAUACACCAUCAGAAACACAACCUCAAACUGUUGCUACAAAGAAGCAAGCCAAGGUUAUUACUCCCUCGAGGUCCAUCCACCUGGGUGGUGACAAUAUCUUAUCAUUAGAGGACCGUGUCUAUCUCAAGACCCAUGCUGAUGCCAGGGCACCAGAACCUCCUCAGAGUGGCGUUGAUAGAGCCAAGGGUGCCAACCCAGCAAAAGCUGAUGGCUGUAUUGGUCACGAUGAAAAGGACCCAGAGCUGGCUGCUUGUCCACAUAGUAAGCCAUCUGCGCAACAUGAUGAUUUGGCACCGGAAAAGAAGAAACUGGAAGAAUCCUUAGCUGAUGGGACUGUCAAGCAGGACGACCCAGCCACACAACCAGAACAAACUCAGCACCCUACAGGUACUGGUAGGCGAGCAGUAUCUGUUGGGUUGGCAUUGGCCCACUCCAAUAACACUGGCAUUAUCACUGAUGAGGAAUCUGGCAACAAUAUCAACAACAACAACAACAAUGGGGUAGCCACUGGUGAGUUACGUCACACCCAGGAAGAAGGUGGAGAUGAGGAGGAGAACCAAUAUUUGGUGGAAGCCAUGCCAGUUUCACCCCUGCAAGUGGCCCAGCAGGUUAGUGGAGAUGGCCAGCAAUCACAUCGGCACCACCACGGCAGAGCAGAAGGAAACUUCAAGAGUGUGCUCUCUGAUUGCCCUCCAUGGAUGGCACAAGUUUUUGCCUUUCUGAUCAUCCUGGCUGUGUUUGUCAUUGUGAUCUCCAUUGUUGUUGCGGCCAUGAUUGCAUUGAAUCAUGAGGACACCCAACAAACCUCAUCGCAAGAUGAAAGGGGCAUACGAAUUCGGAACCAGCUAUCCCAAACACUCGGAGAUUCAUUCUUUAAGGACCACGAUGAGUCCUUGCCCCAGACCAUAGCUUGGCAUUGGCUAGUUUAUGAGGACUCAAUGCAGCUCGACGACAUGGCCCCAAAUCUUCUACAGAGAUUCCUACUGGCUUUCUUUUACAUUACCAUGACACAAGAAGGACCCUGGAGGGCAUGCAAUCCUCCAGAAAAUGAAACUCGAACCUUUUCCAAUAGCAUGGACUUGUGCUACUAUGAAGCUUGGGUGGGUGAUGGACUGAACAAAGUAGGAGGAUUAAAUAUUUUCCCUGCUUCUUUCCAGGAGGUUCUUGCAAUGAGCUGGCUUACAGGGCAUGAAUGUCAGUGGGCUGGGGUGUUUUGUGACCCAGACGACAAUGUAGAUGCCAUUCACUUGGAUGACAUGCUUCUCAAUGGCACUCUACCUUCUGAAAUUGUCCACUUUAGCCAACUCACUUCUUUAUCACUAACCAACAAUCAUCUGACAGGGUUACUUCCUCCUCUGGAGGGUCUCAGGGAGCUAGAGUAUUUGGAUGUGCAACAAAAUCAGUUCACAGGUACAAUCCCUUCAGCCUGGUGGAGCCUUUCUACGUUGACGCAUCUCAAUGUUGAGUACAAUCUAAUGUCGGUUGGCAGUCUUCCAAGUGAAAUUGGGCAGCUCUCUAAUCUGGAAGCUCUUCUUCUGAGCGGAGCAGGAGUCACUGGCACUGUACCAACUGAAGUACUCACUUUGCCAAACUUAGGCUGGCUUAUUCUUGCUUUCAACUCUGUAGCUGGUACAAUUCCUACAGAAGCUGGCCUUCUCAAGAAAAUGGAAAUGCUGAUCUUUUCCAAAAACCCAAUGUCAGGGACUAUCCCUUCCGAGAUAGCCACCCUUCCAUUGCUUCGAGAAUUUAGUACCUGGGGAACACAAAUCUCUGGAACUAUCCCAACAGAAUUCUACUCCAUGGAGACAGAUAGUCUCAGUGCUCUGAUUCUUUCCGAAUGCAACCUUUCUGGAACAUUAAGCUCCAGCUUGGCCCAGAUGACUGCUUUGGGGUACUUUAUAGUGGCCAAGAACCCAGGUAUUUAUGGCACCAUUCCUACGGAACUGGGGUUGAUGACCGGUUUGGAACGCAUGUAUUUGCAACUGACCAAUCUGAGUGGUAGUAUGCCCAAUGAAAUCUGUGCUCUUCGGCCAUCAUUAGAGAAUGUUCGGACUGACUGUGAUCCGCUUUCCAAUGGUACAAUCCCAGUCUUCUGCCCGUUUGGUUGUUGCACAAAGUGCUGCAACCGUGAAACCCAGGUUUGCACCAAUACAGCCUCCUAG